UAUCAGCUGAUUGCUUGUAAACAAACCAAUUGUCAAUAAAUGUAUUUGGUUCUAAUUAAAAAAUGGCUAAAACCACGCACGGUAAGCGUAAGCCUUGGGUCAAGAACCUCUACUCAAAUCGUGACUAUCCGGACAACUAUACGGAUGUGAGUUUUCUGAAAGAUUUGCAAACGAAUCUUCACGUACGACUUUAUACGUUCGGUGAGGCUGUUGCCGGCAUCACCGUGCUGAACAAUCAAAUAUCCUGCAUAACUGGCUUUCUGAUACUCUACUAUAUGAUGCUCAGCGAUAGCGUUGGACCAACGAGUAUACUGGUGCCCACGUGCAUCAUCACUGGCAUCGGAUAUUUAUAUUAUCGGGGCAGCAGUCUCAGCAUGAAAUUGCUGGGCGAGGACUCGAAGACGCUGUGCACGGUGCUGCUCUUUGGUUACAUCUUCUCACCGAUGCUGCAUACCCUGACACAGGCCAUUAGUACGGACACCAUAUAUACAACGACAUUCUUUGUGAUGCUCUUCAAUCUUAUGUUCUCCGACUACGGCCUGGUCGUGGCCAUGGUCUCCAAGGCCGUAUCCCUCAAUGCAGCCAUAUUCGGAGCUAUAUGCUUGGCGUCACGUCUGUCUACGUCGUAUCACGCCUUUGUGCUGCUCGUGGAGGCGGCAAUCUUCUUUGUGCUCUAUCCCAUCAUAACAGCGGCCACAUGGCACGCCCUAUGCAUGGUGCCCAUCUUCUGCAUAUGCUGUGCGGCGCUCUAUUACAUAUCGCGGCCCGUGCUAUAUCUAUAUGCCUGCACCACGCUUUUCAUUAACUUCGCCUGUCCGCUCAUAUUCGUGAGGAACCAAAGGCAUAAGUUCAAUAUUCACGGACCGUGGGAUGAGGCGAUUGUCGAGGAGAACACCGACAAGAAUCUGGAUGAGAACUUAUAGCGUCAGCUUCGCUUCUCAGAGAUGCAAUGCAUUGAUGACGGGGAGCACGAGCCAGAGCAAUAAAUAUUUUCUUUAUGUCAAGCACAGUCUU